AAAUACCGCUCAGUGGUAUCGAAGACAUCUUCAAGUAAUGUCGUGGACUCGAAAUACACCUGAACAGUCUUAGGUGCUUCGUAAACCGUUCAUUCUUCAUCGACUUAAAUUCUUUGAGUUGCUGACCAACACUUGGUAGCUUUCUAAUUCGCGAGUUGUUGCUUAACUUUUUUGGAAUUCUUGCAUAGAUAAUUUACUGGCGUGUUUAACAUUUAGUGAUAGUAAUCGGCUUAUCGACUGAUGUUUGGAAAGUGAAACAGGCGGGAAAGGUGUUAAAAGUCUGCAACGAAAUCUUGAAAAAUUACCCGAAAUAUUUUAACUAAUCGUGCGGAAAAGUGAGCUGGUUUCAAGUUGAAAGUGAAUUGACCCGAUCCGGACUUUUGCUUCACUUGAGUUGGCCUGACGGUGUGUAAUUAACAAUGAAGAAUCUAAGAUUCAUUUUUUUCGUAAUCGGAUUAGUGGCUCUCGGAAGUAUCUGUCGCGCGCAGUCAAUCAUCCCCGGAAAGUUCAAAGCCUACACACAAUCCAAAGAACUCCCCAACAGUGAAAUCAAGAAGGUCAUCUCAGCAACUAAGAAUUUCCUGGGCUCUUGGCGUGAUCGCGGGCCCCCAAAGCACGAUACACCGUCCGGUACCUGUAAUUGCCGGUGUGGAGAGCGGAAUGAUGAGUCGCGGAUUGUGGGCGGACAGACGGCCGGUGUUAAUGAGUUUCCGUGGAUGGCGCGUCUUAGCUAUUUCAACAGAUUCUAUUGCGGAGGAACGUUGAUCAACGAUCGUUAUGUUUUGACUGCUGCUCAUUGUGUUAAAGGAUUCAUGUGGUUCAUGAUCAAAGUAACAUUUGGAGAGCACGAUCGCUGCAAUGAUUCAGUACGUCCAGAAACCCGUUUUGUUCUUCGGGCAUUCUCGCAAACCUUCAGUUUUACAAAUUUCGAUAAUGAUAUAGCACUUUUGCGCCUCAACGAUCGAGUACCAAUUACAGAUUUUAUACGGCCAAUUUGUUUGCCCACAAAUAAAGAUAAUUUGUACGUUGGCACGAAAGGCAUCGCGACCGGCUGGGGAACUCUCAAGGAAGACGGUAAACCAUCGUGCACACUCCAAGAAGUCGAAGUUCCCGUUCUAGCCAAUGAUAUUUGCGUUCAAGAUACGAAUUAUACCAAGAAAAUGAUUACAGAUAAUAUGAUGUGCGCUGGAUAUCCAGGAGUUGGUAACCGAGAUUCUUGUCAGGGUGAUUCGGGCGGUCCAUUGGUAGCCAUGCGUGCAGACAAAAGAUACGAACAAAUCGGAGUUGUGUCCUGGGGCAACGGUUGUGCGCGACCACAUUAUCCAGGCGUCUACAGCCGGAUCACAAGAUAUCUGGACUGGAUCCGUGACAAUUCCAAGGAUGGUUGUUUCUGCAAAGAGUAGCAUCCGGAUAUCUUCAAGUUGAAGAAACCCUAAAUACUAAACUUCGUGUAACGAUGAAGAGAAAAAGGAAAACCUAUCGAAAAAAAUGAAAAUGAAAAAUUGAUUUCAACCUCUUUCGAAGUGAUCUUAGAUUUUAGAUAGAUACAUUUUAAGAGAUUACUGUAAAUUAUUAUUUCCUAACUUUAUAAAUACGUAGAUACUCGUUAAUACACUUGCAUUUAAUAGAGUGGAGGAGAUUUAAGUUAUCUUAGAAAGUACAUAUUCCGUUGAAUCCAUAAGUUUAGGUAGCAAUCGGAAAUCCCAUUGAAUUCCUUCCAAAUUGGGUCGAAAGACAAACAAUUUCAUUGAUGGCGAGAUGGAACCGCUUUCACAAGGCCUUGUAAAGUAAAAUGAAUCCAAACUUCAGUAUUUAAGUUAUUCAUUCUUCUUUAUUACGCCUAAGCACCUACAUUUAUCUAUUUAUAACUGUUUAGACAACACAAACAUUUUUAGAUACUUUUAUGUAUGCAGAAAUGUAAACGCGACAAUAAACGAAUUUAGGAUUAAGUAAAAGCCAAUAAAAUUGCAAUCGCAAAAAUGAA